CCUCAGCCACGCGAGCCUGGCGCACGGCUUGGACAGCGCGCGGCGCCUGGACGCCUUAGAGCAAGCCUUUGAUGCCCUGGACCUGGCCAACGAGCAGCUCUUCUCCUCCAUCGGCCUGCUGGACCGCUAUGCGGCCGCCAGCAACAGCCGGGGCCUUGGGGCAUCUUGGGGCCCCCGGCAGCCAGAGAA